AUGAUUUUUAUAGUGGACCUGGUGCUGAUGCUCAUUGACCUGACCUACUCCAUCCUGAGUGCCGUCAUCCAGACUUUCCUACGCCCGAGGCUGAAGUGCAUUGAUGGAGAGCUCUGUCUGAUAACGGGGUCCGGGGGCGUGCUGGGUCGACUGUUCGCCCUGGAGUUUGCCAAAGAGGGGUCGCAUCUGGUGCUGUGGGACUGCAACACGGCUGCCAACGAGCAGACCGCCAAGCUGGCGCGGGAGCUGGGAGUUCAGGUGCACACGUACACGGUGGACUUGUCCAAGCGUCAGGGUAUCUAUGAGGCUGCGGACAGGGUGAGAGCGGAGGUCGGGGAUGUCUCCAUUCUGGUCAACAACGCAGGCGUGGUGGCCGGACGCAGGCUGCUGGACUGUCCCGACGAGCUGUUGGAGAGGACUCUACUGGUGAACUGCCACGCGCUGUUUUGGAUGACAAAGGCCUUCCUGCCUCAGAUGAAAGUAAAGAACCACGGUCACAUUGUAACCAUUGCCAGUGCUCUCGGACUAUUCAGCACUGCGUGUGUAGAGGAUUACUGUGCCAGUAAAUUUGGAGCCGUCGGUUUCCACGAGUCACUGACGCAUGAGCUGCUCGCAGACGACAUGGACGGCAUCAAAACCACUUUAGUCUGCCCUUAUAUUGUAGACACAGGGAUGUUUGCAGGCUGUGAAAUCAGGAAGGAGCUUCGGAGUCUAAUUCCACCUCUGGAUCCUCUCUACACUGUACAGCAGUCCAUGAAAGCCAUUUUAGCCGAACAGCAAAUGAUCUGCAUUCCUCGCAUUAUGUACAUCCCCUUCCUGACACGAGCAUUACUUCCUUGGGAGGCAAAUCUGGCAACAUAUCGCUUCAUGGGAGGUGACAAAUGCAUGCUGCCCUUCAUCAAGAAUGUGGAACUGAAGAGCUCCAACGGUCACAUCAAAUCCUAAGACCUCCGUCAGUCUGUCUUAUAACUUUAUGGACCAAUGCAGA